AUGUUGAGCCGGUUUAAAAGCGGCAGCAUUAAGAAUCUGGAGCGAGAAUACAGCUGCACCGUGAGACUGCUGGACGACACCGAAUACACAUGCACCAUCCAGCGUGACGCAAAGGGACAAUACUUAUUUGACUUGAUCUGCCUGCACCUUAAUCUGCUGGAGAAGGACUACUUUGGCAUCAGAUAUGUGGAUCCAGAUAAACAGCGGCACUGGCUGGAACUCCCUAAAUCCAUUGCAAAGCAGAUGAAAUAUCAGCCUCCGUUCACCAUGUGUCUCAGAGUCAAGUUUUACCCUCCGGAGCCGGCUGUUCUGCGAGAGGAAAUCACCCGAUAUCUCGUCUUCCUCCAACUCAAGAGAGACUUGUACCACGGGCGGCUGCUGUGUAAAAGCUCCGAGGCGGCCUUGUUAGCUGCCCACAUCCUUCAGGCUGAAAUAGGCGAUUACGACCCCGGGAAGCAUCCUGAUGGCUACAGCUCCAAAUUCCAGUUCUUUCCCAAACACUCGCAGAAGCUGGAGCAGCGCAUUGCAGAGACGCACAAAAGUGAACUCUGUGGACAGACAUCUGAAACAGCAGAGAGGAACUUUCUCCAGAAGGCUCAGAUGUUGGAGACCUAUGGUGUGGAUCCGCACCCGUGCCUGGAUCUCUAUGGAAACGCAGCCUUCCUCGCCUUCACCCCGUUUGGCUUUGUUGUGCUUCAAGGAAAUAAGAGGGUUCACUUUCUGAAAUGGAGCGAGGUGACCAAGAUGAAAUUUGAAAGCAAGACGUUCCACUUGUACGCUCAUCAGAACGAGGACAGAAAGAGUGUGUUAACUUACUUCGCCCCCACACCAGAGGCCUGCAAACAUCUGUGGAAGUGUGGAGUGGAACACCAGGCCUUCUACAAGCUGGAGAGGUCCAGUCAGAUCCGCACUGUGUCCAGUAGCAAUCUGUUCUUCAGAGGAAGCCGCUUUCGCUACAGUGGACGAGUAGCUAAAGAAGUGAUGGAGCAGAGUGCCAAAAUAAAACGCGAGCCUCCGGAAAUACACAGACCUGGCCUCGUGCCAAGUAGAAGCUGUCCUUCCAUCACACACGGCCCCCGCCUCUGCAGUGUGCCGCGUACGAGGAGGAGGGCCGUGCACAUAUCUAUCAUGGAGGCCAUGGUCAAGUGUUUGAUCCGUAUCACCACCCGGGUGAACGUGCACCUGCGCAUGAUCAACCACUGUUAUCGCGAUGUGAAGGUCCGAGUGCUGAGUCUCGGGCCCCGUUUGCUGGGGAAGGCUCUGGGCGUUCUCCCUCUGUACCCUGCUCUGACCGGGCAGGAGUCGUCUGGAACAUCCCCCCUCCCCUGUUGUCCGCUCCCAAACACUCUGCCAGUUCAGGCCAGCAGUGCUCCAGGGUUGGAGUCAUUGCGGGACAGUGCCCACUCCACUCCGGUGCGUUCAGUGUCCCACACAGAGUCGUUCAUCCCACGCUCUCGGAGUCAUGCGUCCGACGGUGACGGUCUGGCGGUGAUCUCUGACCAGACGUACAGCCCCUCAGAGAGUGUCCUGCCCACCCCUGUGACUGACCAGAGCUCGGACCCCUGUGCGCCCCGCCUCGUCAACGGAGCCCCCUGCAGCAUCGAGGAGGAGCGAGAGUCCGAGGCCGGGACCCCCACAACUGCAGAGGCCCCUGUGCUGGAGGAAGAGCCUCCGAGGGCCCUGACUGACGUGGAACAGGCCAACAAGUUUGUACUCAGCGUGUUGCGCCUCCUGCUGGUCACUCUCAGCCUGCUGCUGGUCUUGUUGCUGCUUCUCAUCAUCCUCACUGAGUCAGACCUGGACAUUACUUUCCUGCGGGACAUCCGACAAACUCCUGAAUUCCAACAAUUCCAUUUUGAGUACUUCUGCCCGCUGCGCCGCUGGGCCGCCUGUCAGCUGCGCUGGGUGGGCUCUCUGCUCAUCAAAGACGUGUGA